AUGCAUCGAACUGCCAGAAGAGGUUCUUCGAAGGCUUGGCUGCCAGCUUUAGUACUUGUAGUCGAGGUGCUGGUGCGCCCUACAAGUAUAAGCAAACCUUUGAGUUCUCAGGGCUGUUUUGCAAGUCUGAGUUCUGGAUCCCAACGAGAGGACUUUUGGCCAGAUGACUCCUGUGCUUAUGUCAUCAACCUGGCGCGGCGACCUGAUCGACUUCGACGACUUCACAAACUCUUAGCAUCAACCAAUCCCAGCCUCAUGGACAAGUUGCAACGUAUUGAUGCUGUUGAUGGCCAGAAUAUUUCGUUGGAUUCGUUACAUGCUAAGCGCGUGGUUGAAGAAUCCGCUCUAAUACGCGCAAAGCGAGCACAGCGGUUGGGCUUGUAUAGCAUUGUUCAUGACGCAGAGAACAAUCUGGUGAAUUUCGACGAUCAUUUGACAGAAGGAGCAGUAGCCUGUGCAAUGUCUCACUACAACGCUCUCAAAAAGGUGGCAGAGCAUCCGGCAGAUUGGGGCCUAAUCCUCGAAGAUGACCUGUCUCUGGCAGUCCCUUAUGUUCACCGAGAGAUUCGCGGAAUUCUGAAGCAGCUGCCUUUGGAUUGGACAGCUGUGUUUCUUGGCUAUCACAACAAGUAUGGCCGUCCUCACCCUCGCGCUGUCAAUUCAACAGGGAAUUGGUCUGAUGACGGUGUUGAGAAGGAGCCCAUCUUUGAGAUCCACGACCACUCUUGGGGCUUAUACGCAUGGAUGGUGAAGAAAGAUGCCGCAAAGUCGCUCAUUCAGAAUCUUUUUCCGAUCAGCAGCCAAGUUGACUACGCCAUUUCCAGAUAUCUCAUCACCACGCACGGUGGCGUCUAUAGUGUGCAUCCUGACCGUUUGUUGUUCUACAGUCCAACAAGUGAAGAAGGUCAAGACUCGGAUAUUCAAUCGAUGCGGAGUGAGGAGGAGGUGGUCCAGGAAUUCGGCUCGUGGCACGACUAUCUUGAACUGCAGAGGCCGAGCUCGUACGACGAGUUGGCGACCGAGGACCUCUAUGGUUCUCUGGACGAGGACUGGCCUGAGGCUGAAUGGAGCCCUUGA